UUUUUGUUCUGUAUACAGCUGUUUUAAGACACACAGCCGAAAAAAACAUGUUGCUUUUGUAAAAUUGGGAAAAAGUAAAGAAUUCAAUUAAAAACGUUGCCAAUAUGCAGGAGGUUGGGGAUGAAGUGUUUAAUUGCAUUGACGAGGCUAAUGCUAUCAUAAACGAUGUCAAGGCGCACGUAGCCGAAAUUGCAAUAUCUUCCAAAUUGGUCAGCAGUGCUACGAAGAUUUAUCUUAACAUUCGCACCAUAGAGAGCGCCACCUGCUGCGUUCAAGUGACUGGUCGGGGAUUUAAAAUAGUCUCCUCGCAGUAUGACACAAUCGAUGAGGACAAUUCACUAGGUUCUGAUGCGGAGCCAGAGGAGGAAGAGAUAUUCGAAACACCCUACGCACUGCUUGACAAGAUUAGUCCACGCUAUGUGGAAUCCUUUGGUAACAAGCUCUGCCAGCAGCUGCGACAACUCCAGCAAAUGCGUACUGAAUUCCACGAAGAGGACGAGGAGGAGGAGGAUGAUGAGUAACCAAUUUGAACUCUUC